AUGCCAGAAUUGGAGGACACCUUCCAGUACCUCCUGCACAGAACCGGACCCUUGGCGGGACUGGACAUACUCCAGUUCCAAGGGUUCAUUAACACGAAAUACGCCGAUCCAUCGGCGGACUACCCGGACGUGCAAUAUCAACAUAUUCGCUUCGCUUUCAACGACGUAGAAGCCACCCGGCGGGUUAGUGAAGUCACUGGAUUUACGGAUGAAGUGUAUAAAGCCGUCUUCGGUAUUCCCAACUCGAAAGCUGAGAUCUACAUGCCACUCGCAGUCUUGCAACGUCCAAAGAGCCGUGGAACGAUUCGUCUGCGAAACAAAGACCCUUUGCAGCCACCCGUCAUCGAUCCCAGUCCCUGGGGUCCUGGGGCUUGUGGCCUGUGCCUCACCAGGCGUCUCGCCAGACAAGAACCGACACAGCUUCGCGACCUCGAAAACCUGCGCUCCCCACCACCGGGCUACGGGCGAUAUGCAGAAACUGUAUCUCAACACUAG